AUGUCGGAGACAACAGAAAGGUCGGGCGGAGCGGGAGAGCGGAGCGACCACAUUCUCCUCUUCGCCGGCGACCAGUCCCUCCAGAGACCCUCCGAGAUGGGUAUCUCCACCGCUGGCGAAUACACAAAUCCCCGUUACCAGCGAUUUUGCCUGUACUGGGAGUUCUGUGUAUUGACCAGCGGCGGAGACACCUGUCUCGAAGGGUCUCUGGAGGGACUGGUCACCGGCGAUGAGGAGUAUGUGGCCGGCCCGCGCAAGGAGGGGCUACCUGAUUCCAUGCAGGUGCAAGAAGCAUCGGCAAGGAGGGGCUACCUGAUUCCAUGCAGGUUGUGUUUGAGUAAAGGUGAUGUUAUGCGGUGUUUCUUGAUGACUGGUGAGUUAGUGCCAGAACUGGAUACAAGUCAAUUCCUCAUGCAGAAGAUCCUGGCAGAGGCUUUCAGGUUCUGGACACAACCUCUUUGUGGCAGUAUGAUGCUUGAGCUAUUGAAAAUGGAUGCGAAAAGCCUUGGUGAGGAAUACGAGUCCUUUUUGUCUGAUAAAGCUGGGGAGUUGGAGUAUUUGCAGUCACUGGAACAGCAGAUUAAGAAACUUGAGGAUGUUACUCACACAGUCAAUUGUAUCUGUGGUUCAGAGUACAGAGUAGCAAUGGGCCUUUGUGCAUGA